ACAUAUAUUUAUAUAUAUAUAUAUAUAUAUAUAUUUCUUUUGACAGCUUGUUUUCAAGAUAGGAGUAAAGCGAUUUCACUAACUUGCUGAAACCCAGGUAGUUCCCAGAGGUGCAUUGUAAACCUGCAAGGAUGGCUGAUACAAGGACAACUCCUAUUAUCCAAAUCUCUGGAAUCAAAAGAUUGAGCAUUAAGAAGAAAAUUCUAGAGUGUAUCCAGGCACUGGGGGGUACAUAUCUUGGUGGUUCGAUCUACAGAGACUGUAUUACACAUCUUAUUGUAAGAAGGGCAAGUGCAAGUGAAAAGUUUUUAGCUGCGUCUGCUGCAGGUAAAUGGAUACUACCUCUAGAGUAUGUGUUUGACAGUGUUAAGCAUGGCAGGUGGCUGAAUGAACAGUCUUAUCGGUGGGAUUCCUCAGUGACAAAGGACUGGUCCCUGCAUGAACUUCAGAUCCUGAACUCUGCUAAAUGCUGGCGUCAGAAGCUGGCCAGCUCCAAGAUGCCAGGUGCUUUCCAAGGCUGGAAAGUUGUUCUGCUCAUUGAAGAUGAUGAACACCGAAAGAUGUUUGAACGUGUCUUGAAAGCUGGGAAUGCCGUUGUGUACCAGCAGAUAUCUGCAUCCAGCGAAAUUACUCAUGUUUUCCAGAAAAAGGUGGAAAUUGAUAAAGAGCACAUGAAGGCCUUAAAUGUACCUUGCUACUCCGUGAGCUACAUAGGUGAAUAUUUGCAUGGGAAGGAGAUUGCAGAGUCCCAGGCCCACAAGUUGGAUUGUGAUGAGAAUUGCCUGGAUCAGUCUCAAUGCAGCACUGUAAACUCAGAAAUAGACAUACUUACUGAUUUCGAUAUAGGAGAUAAGGAAUGCUCCAAAUUGGAAAACACACUGAAGGAUGAGAUCUGUGCACCACAGGCAUUGAAGAGCAAGUAUGUGCCAACCUUUGUUGAUUGUUAUAUCACAGAUGUUCCCCAAGGCCAGAAUAUAAAUUCAGGUUUUAGCCAGGGCUCCAUUCACAGGAUUGUAUAUCUUCUAGCGGAUGCACUUUUCACUGAAGCACUGGAGGAGCUCAGAUACUCUCUAUCAGCUGGUGGACUCCCCCCUGUAGCACUUAUUCAUUCUUUAAUGAAACAUGCACUGGAGGGUGACGCUGGUCCAGUUUUUUCUCCCAUGUUUAUGAGUAUUUUGCUAGAGAUUCUCCACCAUAACCCUCCAUGUCGGAUACCUUUGAGAGUGAGUUACUUCCUGGACAUUCUCCAGUGUCCUGACUGUAAAAAAGGAACAUGGUCAUUGCUGGAGAUGGCUAUAAGAUUCUGUAUUGACGGUGGACCUUUCUGCCACCACCUUCCUGGUCCUGUUCAGCCUGGGCUCACAGAAUUCCUUGUAGAACUUUUGAGAUAUUUUCUCAGGCUGAUUGAGUAUGAUCUACAUGCUUUAAACUCCACCAACUCUAGAGAUUGGAAGGGUGCGAAUCCUACGGUCCUGGUGAAGAUUUUUUGGAGUGUAUGGGAAAAAUCCAAGCUGACCACUUACCCUAUUGAGCGGCUAACAGAAUUUGUUGUUGCUGCCACCAAAUGGUUAAAUGCAUCAAAGGAGGCUGCCAAGAUGGAACUGGUUUACAUACUGCAUGCAAUCCUGGGAGUAGUAGUGGAGUACUGGAUUCGAGCAAACCUAAACUGGCAUCUAACAGAAAAAGGAGUGAAAGACUUGGCUGAAUAUCUUGUUAUGUUAUGUGAAGAUUUCUCCUUCAUGGACUUAGAGACACUUAUCACAUACCAGCAGUCCCCCUGGCUGAACAUGUUUACCGCAGAUGCCAUCUACAGAAAGUUCUGUUUACAGAACAGCAUUGCAUUUCACCCAGAGCCUCUUUCUUUGUUUAAAAUUGUCUCCUCAUAUGUAACAGCCCUGGGGAGACUGAGCAGUUCUGGGCCAAGCCGAGCGAGAAACCCUGGGGGAAAGAAGAUGGGACCGUGGCCUGGGAUUGAACCUCACACACCAGAGUUCACUACCAGUGAUGACAGCCAAAGCCCUGCCAAUGUGCUGCCAAAUCUCCCGGCAUUUAAAAAGUCCCUCGGAGGUUCCAAGUUCCUCCCAUCAUACAAGAACAUUCUAAAGGGGCUGCAGAAAGUUAACCUGGCUGGAGAGACGGUGUUACACAGAGCCUGCAAGCGAAACCAAGCCGAGAGGUUGAUCAGUGCCCUUCAGGUUCCUGGGGUUGACAUUAAUGUUAAAGACCAUGCAGGCUGGACCCCCUUGCAUGAAGCCUGCAACCAUGGCAGCAUUGAGUGUGUGCGUGCCAUCCUGCAGCACUGCCCGGAUGUAGAUCUUCUUACCCAGGUGGACGGGGUGAGCCCUCUGCAUGAUGCCCUCAGCGUUGGAGAGUUGGACAUUGCCAAGCUGCUCCUCAGUCAAGGCGGAGCCAUGUUGUUACAGCAGACGGAUAAGAGAGGACGGACACCGCUGGAUUAUGUCCAUUCUCAGCCACUGAAAGAGGAGCUUCUGGCCAUUGUGCAAGAGGGCAACUCUCCCAGGGACGGCCAUGGUGAAAAACUGUUGGAUGACGCCUUCUUGGAGAUGUGCUCCUGCCUCCUGAGCUGUAUGAUAAUUAACUACCUGGUUGUGUACAACCUGCCCAUGCAUGGCAGCUUCGAGUCCAGUGAAGAGGUGAACUCACAGCUGGCUCGCUGUGUGGCUGUUCACACCUUUGAGAAGGUGAUCAGCAUGUGGAAGGAGUCCCGGCUGAUUCGGCACGCUAAGGACAUAGAGACCUUGCUGAAGAUGUCAGAGUAUUACCAGCAGGUGCCUCACAUUCUCAAGAAGGGCUGUGGGACGCACAGUGAGAUUCUGCUGGUGUACCUGCAAGUUUUGGCAUUUCAGAGUGAAAAGCUGAUCAAAAACCAGGGGUGACCACAAGUGCAAGCUUGGGAGUCCAGCCAUCCGAUCGUUCAGCUGAGGCUAAACAGAUCAGUAAUUGUUAUCUUGGACGUUGUCAUUACUUAGUGAAGCAACACAGUUCUCAUUGAUUACUUGGUUGCAUUAGGGCACCCACUAUUUAGCCCUUUUUAUAAGCUGGGAUAAGGGGAUGUUCCUAGUAAAAGUUUUUAUUUAUGCAUAGUGUAUAGCUGAGUGAAUUAUCUUGCACUUUACACUGUUUAUUGUUGAGCAGUGUCCUAAAUGCUGUUAUAAAUCACUUACCUUUUUUCUGUUUUGUUUUGAGCUGAAGAUUUUAUUGAAAUCUCCAACUCUUUCUGAACGGCUGAAUUAAAUGUGCCUGAUUUGAGUGGAGAGGGGGUUUAGUCUUUUGAGUCCUUAAUAAGGUAGGUCGUAACAAGCUGGUAAAAAAAAGAAAACGGUACCAAUUUAAAAAGCCUGUGUAACCGGUUGCAGAAUGAAUAGGUUUCAAUGAAUAUCCCACAUGUUUAUUAUCAGACAGCUCAACUAACUAACUACAAUAAAAAAAAUUAUAUAUAUAUAUAUGAUUCUGAAAGGUGAAUGAUUUUAUAACAGUAAUAGCAAAGAGUCUCAACUGUAAAAUUGUUAUUACAUUGUUAUGCUUUUUGUUGAAUUUUAAAUAUGGUGCUUUGAUAAAUACGUCCAAU